AUGCUGCUGCAGCAGCCCGACGCCAUCGCCGUGGUCGCGUCGCUCGGCCUUGGAGGGCUCUCAGGCCUGCCACUCCCGUUCAGCGUACCGCUCGCAUACGGCGCCAUGGUUGCAUCGCAGACGCGUGGCCUGGACAUCAUCGGCCUGCUCCACAAUUGUACCGCCCAGCAAACGGCUGCCGCUCCGCCGGACAACGUGGAUGCAGACCUGCCCAUGGAUGCGUUGUGCGCUGGGUACGAGGCGCACCACUGGGAGAGCACCUCAAACUGCUUGCACGCUUGCGGCAUGCUGUGGGCAUUCGGCGUGCUUGCGCUCAUGCUGAUGCGGCAGAAGAGGUGGCCCAUGCUCGCGCUAGUGCCACCGUGCUGGUACCUGUUCGCCUGGACGGGCCACUUUGCGGACGUACCUGCCGUCUUCACGUACGGCACCACCCUGCGAGGCUGGUCCCUCGGCGAGUGGUGCUCGAUCAAGGCGUUCGCUGCGGGCCGCACCGUCUCAGCGCGCGAGGAUCUUCUGCUGACCUUCGCCUGCGCGGUCGCCACCUACCUCGGCCACAGAGCGAGCGCCAGCCUCUGCACGCGUGGCCACGAAAAGCCGGAUUAAGCUCUGCUGGCGCGGGUCUGGCGCGCGCGGCAUUGCAGAGCAUUGCAGUAGCGGACGAGGGUAGCGCUCGGUGUCGCGGAUAUCUCAAUAGCAUAAUGUCUG